UAGAUAAAUGCCAAUGGCUCCAUUCUAACGUUCGCCGUUUUGUCCCUCACCGUCAUCUUCGCAAUUCGGCCGUCUCUCCUUUUCUUCAACCCGCACGGCUUAAAGAAAGGAAAAAACCCGCACUCCGUUUGACAGCAAACAAACGAACCGAAGAAGACAAACGACAGGCAUUAUGGCGGCUACACCGACUGACGAUGCCCAGCGUCAACCUCCGGCGAUUCCUCCAUCACCAACAUUGACGAACCCCGAUAUGAUCUUGCCCGAGAACGAAGGCGAGCGCGAAUCGCAAACUCCGUCUCCGCCUUUCAAUCUCCCCUCUCUGUCGCAUCUGCAGGCGUUCUAUGGAUAUACAAAUAAUAAUAAUACUCUUAAUCCGAAUAAUGAUAAUAAUAAUGAUAAUCACCUGGCCGUCGGCGGCGCGUCUUCUUCCAUUGGCGUCGCCUAUCCCCUCGCUAAUACUGGCAAUACUCGAUCCUCCUCGAAGAAGAACUUUUCACGUCACACGGGCCACCGCUUGUCGGAUAUAGGGGAGGAGGAUGGGCCGGGGCCCGUACCACCUCCGCGGUCGUCGUCGCGGACUGGUCGAUUUCCGGUGAACACGCCUUCUACGGGGCAGGACUGGCGGGGGAUGGCUGGUUCUCCGGCGACGCGAAAUCGGACGGGGGAGGAGAGCGGGAUGAUCAAUGGUGGUGGUCAAGCGCAACAAUGGCAAGGGUCGGAUCAGAAGGCGGUUCCUGGGAAAGUGCAUUCGUUGCAUAUGGGUGUGAACGAUAUGAAUAACCAUAAUGCGAAUGGUCGGGACGGUACGCCGCUUGCGCCGGUUGCUGAGGGGGGCGGGCUGGGGGAGGAAUUCUCGUCGGUGAUUCUGAGCAGUGAGGCGGAAAGGAUUCUGGAUAAUGCGAAGAAGAGACUUACGCUUAUGGAGGGAAACCUCACCAGAGCCCGUUCGUCGAUGCGAUCCCCGUCAAUGUCGGCCUCAGCCUCGCCUUCACCACAGCUGGGACUUGGCCAGCCGGUGGGCGGACUGUAUCGCACGAUAUCCAAUUCAGACCGUCAAGCUUCCGCUGCCCUUCGUCCUCGUCCGAUGUAUAGCACCUACCAAGAUGCGGCCGGUAACAGACACUCCCGAGUGCUGAGCGAAACCAACCUCCCGUCAGGACAGAACACCUCUGCUACCGAAGCCAAUGGCAUCUCACGUUCCGUUAGUGCAAUGGGAACGACCACCCUCUCUCGAGACGACAAGUCAUUCCGCUAUGAACCAACCAGAGCAUAUCUCACCCAUCGGGCAUCUACACCAUUGAUGCAACAACACAGAAGUUCGCCAGCCCUCAACAGCAACAGCUCGCGUUCGAAGCAGAGCACACCGACAUCUCCGGCAGGACUGGGCAUUGUGAGUGACGGAGAAAACCAAGCCAAGAUCAACAACAUAGACGACUUCAAUUCAGUCUAUCCCGCGGAUCCACCUUCGCGCACGCAGUCGCAGCUCCAAGUGCGCGAUCUCCAGGACCAGAUGAAGGGCCUUCAUAUCAAAAUUUCCUCGUUGAAGGUCAAGACGCAAGAGGACGGUCUUCGUCGUCGCAGUCUACAGAGUCUGCGGACGCCAAGUCCUCUUACAGAUGCGGAGUUGUGGUAUGCGCGUGCGAUGGAUUAUAAAGACCGGCGCGGUCACUUGAGCCCAAAUCCGACGGGUUCUCGUUUAUCGUUCGAGAGUGCUCGAGAAGUGAGCCGGAAAACGCCUAGUUCUAAGAGUCAGUCGCCGCGCACUGUUGAGAGCGAUGAGCCAGUAAUCGCAAGUGAACCCAAGAAGAUCGAUACAAGCCCCCAGAUCAGCGAACAACCCUCUAACGAGAGUCUUUAUCAAGACGCAGAAGAGGGUGAAUUUGACGACUCUGAUGACACUGAAAUCGACCGGGAGGAGUUGAACGAAAUCCUCCGGGAACCUCUAGAUGACGACCUGGACGAUCCAGCCUUGGAGCCUUUCUCUGGGACUCCGAAUGCUGACGCGACGCCUCACGAGGAGCGCGAGGAUGCGUUCGACUAUGAACAUUUCAUCCUGCAUAGUGCCCUGGGUAACUACUCGCGCUCGAAACUGCGUCGCGCGAGCAACAUCUCCAAUUCUUCUGUUGAGACCACACGGCCGGUGCAUAACCGUUCUACGCGACACUCGCGAGCUAACAGCGGAGCAUCGGUAUCUACUGAUGCUACUUUUGCUACCGCCGCAGAGGAGGGUGACUUCAAUGGUGUUCUAUACUGGGACCGGAAGUUCAACGAUGAACUCCGCGCCCGCCACCACUACUCCCCCAGCGACGAAGACAUCCCCAUUGACCCCGAAUCCUUCCCUGAGGAAGAAAUGGGCACCCCCAAAGCCACCCGCCGCGAACCCCCUGGCCGCAUCAACGGCCACAUUCCCACCUCAACCGGCUCUCUCGAACCACCACCCCCCCGAUCCGACACCACGGGAUCCGCAACACCAACAGCUCUUGCCUCGUCACUUGUCUCGACGGUGCGUGCAGCCUCGAGCAGUCCCUACUCGCCUAUGGAGCCGAAUACUGGGUUGAACAAUGACGACGAACGGCUACUGGAACAGCUGUUCCAGAGUCUGGGGAACGUGUGUAUGGACUUGCAGAAUAUAACGACGGGCCCGGAGCCAGAUGAGAAGGCAGUUAGGGUGUUGAGGAGGAGAUUGGAUGCGGCGAGGAGAGUUCUGGAUGGGGAAUUGGAUGCUUAA